AUGCCUCUCGAACUACACAUCUGGGGCCCGGCAUUUGGCCUGCCGUCAAUUGACGCAGAAUGUCUCGCUGCUGUUGCCUACCUGAGCGUCACACUGCCACGGGGCUCCUGGACACGCCUGGCCGCAAGCCCGUCGUCGAUUCCUCACCCAUUGCCUGCCCUGCGUGACGACGUGUCCGGCCGCUGGGUGGCCGCCGGCUUCGACUCGAUCGUGGCCUUUGUGCGAGCAAAAGCCACGACGGACGCCUCGAUCACCGACCUGGAUGUCGGCCUCACCCCCGCCCAGAUUGCCGACGCCACUGCCUACUCAGCCUUUCUGCGCGCCGAGGCCGCACCCCUGCUGGCCCUCUCCUUCUAUGUGUCCUCCGCGAACUGGAUCGCCGCCACCCGCCCGGCCUACAGCCGCAUCCUGCCCUUCCCGCUGACCUGGCUCGAGCCGCCAGCGAUUCGCGCAUCGUACGCAGCCAGCGCGGCGCACCUGGGCGUCUCGAGCCUGGAUACGGACAAUGACGUGAGCGACGAGGACGGCAGCCACAAGGCGUCGUCCCUGGCGGCCGCACUGCACGCCUUCCCCGACCGGAUACGAAAGUCGGUGCAGCAGCAGCAACAAGCGAAGCCAGCCCAGACGGCGGCGACGGAAGCGAAGCCUGCAGCGCGCUCGCUGUCCAUGGCCGAAGCUGCGUCGCGUGUCCAUGCCCAGUCGUCGUCGUCUCAAACGCCCGAGGCCACGGUACCGUCCCGCCUCGACGAGGCCGUCCGCAGCUGCUUGUCUGUCCUGGCGGAGCAAAAGGGCACCAAGCGUACAUUCCUACGGGCGUCCUCCACAGACACAGACACAGACACAGACACAGACACAGACAGCCAAGCAACCGCACUCUCCCUCGCGACGUCCCUGACCUCCCUCGACUGCCUUGCCUGGGGCUACCUGGCGCUGAUGACGGUGCCGGACGUGCCCCGCUCGUUUCUGCGCGACGCCCUGCGGCGGCACCACCCUGCCCUCGCCGUCUUUGUCGCCGACGUGCGUGCCGUCUGCUUCCCGGGCGAGGACGCGGCUGUGGCGCUGACAAUGGCCGUCGCCCAACCCCGCGGCCGGUCUGCCAACCCGCUGUGGCUGCGCACGCUGCACGGCCUCGUCCACAGCGUCCCUGGCCUCAGCGGCGAGUGGGUGGUCUGGCUGUGGCGGCGCAUCCGCGUAGAGAGCGAUGAUUGUGAUGAUGGCGCCGAAAACAGCUCGGACCCUGCCGUCGCCCGCUGGCAGCGCGACAUGACGGCCGCGCGGUGGCAGCGGCUGGUCACGGUGUCGGCGACCAUGGCCGGCACAGCAUUUUUUGUCGGUCUGGUCCUAGGCUACCGCCGGCUGCCGGCCUUUGGCUCGCGUAUCGUCGUGUACCGGCGGGCGCCCAUCUCGUUUGCCGGACUGGGCGCGGCGGGUGCCUUGCUGAGCGUGCUGUAA